GGGAGGUAGUGGAGAGGGAAGCUGGGUUUCCUGUCAUAUGACCCCUCCUCUGGGCUCCCUCACCACCCUGCCUGGCUUGGCAGGAGUCGUCUGAGAAGGGGACUCCUCCAGGGACUUGGUCCCUAGGUCCCCAGAUGGGGAGACUGAGGCCGUGGCUGUGUGUCCCUCUGAGAGUUGGAGCGGGGCUGGGCCCGAAUUCGACCCCAGCAGGAUUCUCUCUCAUUUCUGAGCCCCAGAGGCGGCAGAGCGGCAGACCGGGCAAGUGAACCCUAGGGCUGCAGGAGCCCAGGCCCCGACACCGGCGCAGAGGGGAAGGAAGGGCCCGCCCCCAGCCCAGCGUGCACAGAGGCCAUAGCCAAGGCCUUAAGGCUCAUCCAACCGGGGACUCAUAUCCCCCCCAUCGGCAGCCCGGCGCCCCAGCCUCUACCCGUGCCCGCCGAGAUGCUGCUGCCGCGGUCGGUGUCAUCGGAGCGGGCCCCUGGGGUGCCGGAGCCGGAGGAGCUGUGGGAGGCAGAGAUGGAGCGGCUGCGCGGCUCUGGGACGCCCGUGCGCGGGCUGCCCUAUGCCAUGAUGGACAAGCGCCUCAUCUGGCAGCUGCGGGAGCCCGCGGGGGUGCAGACCUUGCGCUGGCAGCGGUGGCAGCGCCGGCGGCAGACGGUGGAAAGGCGCCUGCGGGAGGCAGCGCAGCGGCUGGCCCGGGGCCUUGGGCUCUGGGAGGGGGCGCUCUACGAGAUCGGGGGCCUCUUUGGCACAGGAAUUCGGUCCUACUUCACCUUCCUCCGCUUCCUGCUGCUACUCAACCUGCUGAGCCUGCUGCUCACCGCAAGCUUCGUGCUGCUGCCCCUGGUCUGGCUCCGCCCCCCUGACCCAGGCCCCACCCUGAACUUGACCCUCCAGUGCCCUGGUAGCCACCAGUCCCAGCCUGGCGUUUUGAGGUUCCACAAUCAACUUUGGCAUGUUUUGACUGGCAGGGCCUUCACCAACACCUAUCUCUUCUACGGUGCGUACCGAGUGGGGCCCGAGAGCAGCUCGGUGUACAGCAUCCGCCUGGCCUACCUCCUCAGCCCGCUGGCCUGCCUGCUCCUCUGCUUCUGUGGGACUCUGCGGCGGAUGGUGAAGGGGCUGCCGCAGAAGACUCGGCUGGGUCAGGGCUAUCAGGCGCCUCUCAGUGCCAAGGUCUUCUCCUCAUGGGACUUCUGCAUCCGGGUGCAGGAAGCAGCCACCAUCAAGAAGCAUGAGAUCAGCAAUGAGUUCAAGGUGGAGCUGGAGGAGGGCCGUCGCUUCCAGCUGAUGCAGCAGCAGACCCGGGCCCAGACGGCCUGCCACCUGCUCUCCUACCUGCGGGUCAACAUACUCAUCGGGCUCCUGGUGGUUGGGGCCAUCAGCGCCAUCUUCUGGGCUACCAAGUACUCACAGGACAACAAGGAGGAGUCCCUGUUUCUGCUGCUCCAGUACCUGCCCCCUGGGGUCAUCGCCCUGGUCAACUUCCUGGGUCCCCUGCUGUUCACAUUCCUGGUCCAGCUGGAAAACUACCCUCCCAACACGGAGGUCAACCUCACUCUGAUCUGGUGCGUGGUGCUGAAGCUGGCCAGCUUGGGGAUGUUCUCCGUCUCCCUGGGUCAGACCAUACUGUGCAUUGGCAGAGACAAGAGCAGCUGUGAGUCCUACGGCUACAACGUUUGUGACUAUCAGUGCUGGGAGAACUCCGUGGGGGAGGAGCUGUACAAGCUGAGUAUCUUCAACUUCCUCCUCACCGUGGCCUUCGCCUUCCUGGUCACCCUGCCUCGGAGGCUGCUGGUGGACCGGUUCUCAGGCCGGUUCUGGGCCUGGCUGGAACGGGAGGAGUUCCUGGUCCCCAAGAAUGUGCUGGACAUCGUGGCGGGGCAGACGGUCACCUGGAUGGGCCUCUUCUACUGCCCCCUGCUGCCCCUGCUGAAUAGCGUCUUCCUCUUCCUCACCUUCUACAUCAAGAAGUACACCCUCCUGAAGAACUCCAGGGCGUCUUCGCGGCCCUUCCGUGCCUCCAGCUCCACCUUCUUCUUCCAGCUAGUGCUCCUCCUGGGCCUGCUUCUGGCUGCAGUGCCCCUGGGCUAUGUGGUCAGCAGCAUCCACUCCUCCUGGGACUGCGGCCUCUUCACCAACUACUCAGCACCCUGGCAAGUGGUCCCGGAGCUGGUGGCCCUUGGGCUCCCGCCCAUUGGCCAGCGUGCCCUCCACUACCUGGGCUCCCACGCCUUCAGCUUCCCCCUCCUCAUCAUGCUCAGCCUUGUCCUGACGGUGUGCAUCUCCCAGACCCAGGCCAAUGCCAGGGCCAUCCACAGGCUCCGGAAGCAGCUGGUGUGGCAGGUUCAGGAGAAGUGGCACCUGGUGGAGGACCUGUCGCGACUGCUGCCGGAGCCAGGCCCGAGCGACUCUCCGGGCCCCAAGUACCCUGCCUCCCAAGCUUCGCGCCCGCAGUCCUUCUGCCCCGGAUUCCCAUGCCCUGGCUCCCCGGGCCCCCAGGCCCCGCGGCCGGGCCCCUCCGUCGUGGAUGCCGCGGGACUGCGUUCCUCUUGCCCUGGACAGCACGGUGCCCCGGCCUCCGCCCGCAGAUUCCGCUUCCCCAGCGGCGCGGAGCUGUAACCCCGACCCCUGCCUCCCCGAAGCCUCCCUGGGGCCCCUUCAGGUCUCCUUACUCCAUCUUCCAGACCCCUGGCGACCACCGCCCCUCUCAGUGCUCCAGGGCCUCCCUCAGAGGUCCCCAAAGAUGGACACACAACCCCAGGGGCAGCAGGAAAAACAUAUGGGAAUUUUCUUUCUAUAUUUUAAUCUCAUCCCUUUAAAGUGUCUAUUUUUAUUGUGUUUUUUAUAAUAUACAUAAUCUAUUAGUAUAGUA